AUGGCCGAGCUCCCAUCGAAGGUGUACCUCAACUCGCACCCCAUCUGCCUGGAAAUCCGGGGGCCCUCGCGGUAUGCGGACGAGAACCAUCGCACAUGGCUGCAUCUCGUCAUGAAGAGAGGAGGUGACCUGCAAGUACAGUUGUGCCAGGUCGACUACCCUAGUGAGCAUAAUGCACUCACCACCAGCCCGCUGACCUCCAGAACAAUGCCUUCGUGGUGGACGCUCCACCUUGGCAGCCAGUACAUGGACUCCAUGGGCCGGUUUUGGCGCAUCAUGCACCACGUCAAGGUGGAUGGAGUGGAGGAAAUUAUCCUUGAGCUGAUGGAAAACUCGUAG